CAUGCAUUGAAUGGAAUGGAAGGAUGCCCGAAUACCUAAAUCGCAUGCCUUGCCUACAUUUAUGAGAGCGUUGCGCCUCCGUACAUAAUAACCUUUGAAGAUUGAGAGUGCGGCAUUGCCGGCAAAGAGGUUGCACAGAUGCAUGGCAACCAUUGCAGCUGGAUAAUCAAUCAGUAGAUCUCAAUUUUCUUGGACUCUUCGCCGCGGGUCUCCUUGGGCAGCUAUAAUUAGACGAUUUCCCAUGCAAUUACCGGAACUUUGAGAAGUUGCAAGGGGGGGACCAAGCGAUUGACUGCGGCUGCAACGAUCAUAGCAAGUGCCCGUGACAGACCAGAAGGAGGGAGAAGAACGAGAGCCAAACGGUUGUUUGGGACUACAGAGUAGUAGCAGCAGCAGCAGCAGCACUUGCUCUGUUCCUUCUCUUUCACUGGCUCCCCCAUUUUAAUUUCCUACCCAUCUAUCGAUUUCCCUUCCUCUUAUUGUUCCUUCAUUCACCACACUCUUUUUGUCCUUUUUUCCCCCUUUGGCAUAACUACCACAAGUUAGUUUACCUAUUGUCACUUGACUUGCAAAUGGAGAAUUCUGGCGCGGCCACCGCCCCAAGUUGUGGCGCUGCCGAGGCUGGUGCUCGGCUGGAAUCCUCCGAAUUCCCGACGCUUGACUGUUUUGGCUUCUCCGCGGCCACGGUUCACUAUCAGGACGAGGUGGAUGACCCUCAUCGACCAGCUUUACCUGCGGCUUCUCCAUUGUCUGCUGCUGCUCUCACCGCAACGGUUCCUUUCCCUAGUCUUGACGAUUUGACUCCGACCGCGCACACCAAUAGCUACAGCAAAAGUGAGCCCUCUUCACCCGGCAUCAUCAGCGCGUCUACGCCUUCCCCUGAUUCCAAGGCACCCUUUGUGCGUGGGCAUCGCCGCCGUUCCACCCACGUUACUCGUCGUGACCUUGAGAAAUUCAGAAAAGAAGUGUUGGGAUUAGAGACCUCUGGGUUCGGCUUUGACGACGACCAUAACCUCCCUAAACCGGAUCCUGCCGUCGAUCCCGAGUUCACCCUAUUAAACAACGCUUUUGACACCGCAAACAUGUCGAUGAACAGCAGUGGGGGCAUGACUGGUAGUAGCCCUGGGUCGGCCAUGUUUGCCAGCUACGGCGAUGGCUCCGGCGGUGCUUCGGGCAUGCCCAAUGUUCCCCGUCCCUCGAUGUCGCCUGCGAUGCCUCACCCACCGGCUCAGGUCAACGGCGGCGGAAUGCCUGGUAUGAACGGCGCAGUUCCUAUGAACGCGGGCCAUCAGAUGGACCUGCAUCACCUCUACGAUAUGGUAUUGGAGUUGAGCGACGUGUUGAAGAACAACCGUGAAAUGACGAAAAGUAUAGUAACUAGUGCUGAAGAGAUUAUGAAACGUUCUGGAUCGGAAGGUGCCAACCCGACCCUGCAGCAAGUGAAUGGGGAAAUCACUGGUGCCCGUAUUACCGAGCUCGAGCGUGCCCUCGCCAAAGAGAGACGUUUAGUUGAGGUCUUACGAACCGAGCAGGCGGAGAAUGCCAAAUUGAUCGGUGAAUAUGAGGCGACCCUCGGGACGAUGGUCGAGCAAAUCCGCAACUACUGCCAAAACAACAACAUGCACUAUCUGUCUCAGAAACGCCACUACAACAACCUGCUCCAAGCGGAGCGUGACUCCCACUUGGAGAGCCGCUUAGACCGUGACUACUGGCAUGCGCAGACCAUGAAGUGUGCCGAAAUGAUUCGGACGGCGUACCGUCUCCGCUCCGAGGAGGAAGAGCUGCCUAUCCGAAUCGUUGCAGGCCUACAGAACGAGGUGCGGGCGUACCGCAAUGCGCUUGGUAUGGAGCCCGAGAGGCCAGAGGACGAAUUUGGAUGGGAGAUCCUGAAGGAUGUCCCCGGCAGCGCCGAAUGAGACCGACACCGUGGGCUGCCCAUACCCUGGUGGUUGGCAUUGACUUUGGUGGUGUUACACGAGCUAUAACGAUUGGUUACCGAUAUAUUUGCGUUAGAGGGAGCAG